CAUUUCCCGCAAAAUAUUCAGGACGCUGCUGAACAGUGUGCUCGAGCGGCUGUUCAAAUUGAGUACAUUUCUUCAGCAAUUAACUUGAUAUUGUUGGUUGCGUGGAUCUGAAAACCACAAGGUGUGUUAAAGAGAAGAGCUGUGUUCAAUUCGACCAUGUUUGGGCAGAGGAAUGGCCUGUUUUCUGCUAUCAGUGAGCGUCGGGUGUGGGGAGCCUGGGACAAACAUGGCGGGAAAGGAACCACAAGAGGAAAGCUGGACAGUGUUAUCGAAAGGUUCAUGUGCACCCGAGCAGACGAAUAUGAAAUGGACGGAUUCGAAUUUGGAACUGCAUGUCCUCCAUUUGCAUCAGGCUUCUGCAAAGUGCCUGGCCAGGAACAUGUGCUGUGUGUCUGUGAUGAGGAUGGCUUCAUUCGACUCUAUUGUACAAAGCAUAGUGGUGACCAUGGCCGCCUGGCACAAUGGACAGGACAUGGCAAUGCCAUAUUUGAUCUGGAAUGGUCACCUCACCAAGGCAUCAUGGUGACAGCCUCUGGUGAUCAGACAGCUCGGAUAUGGGACAUGGGGUCCAACAAUCUGAUGGGGGUGUUCAAGGGGCACACAUGCAGUGUCAAGUCUGCAUCUUUUAGGACCAAUGACAAAUGGGUUUUCUGCACAGGAGCUAGAGACGGGAAUAUACUGGUUUGGGAUGGAAGAUGCAAUCAUAACGAUGGGUACUACAGACCAGUGAAUUCCAUUCGCAAUGCUCACACGCUACCAAUGCAGUCCACGCCACGUCCCAAAAAGAAACGAAAGGUUGAUGCUGCUACGUCCAACCCUCAGCAAGAUUCCCAACAGAGUGUGACCUGUGUGGUGUACCAGGAUGAGAACACUGUAGUCUCGGCAGGCAGUGUGGACGGUACCAUCAAGCUGUGGGACAUGAGGAAGAACUACACAGCCUACCAGUGCACUCCCAUCCCCAAGCAGACCUUCCAGUAUCCAGGAGCACGUGUCAGGAGAAGAGGUUUCUCCUCCUUGGUUGUGGAUUCAGCAGGUACAAGACUGUUUGCCAGUUGUACAGACAAUACAAUCUACAUGUACAACUGUAACAGCAUGGAGACCCAGCCUGUGUCAUCGUUCACAGGCCACUCCUGCUCCAGCUUCUAUGUGAGAUGUGCCCUGAGCCCUUGUGAAGAUUACCUGAUCAGUGGCUCUAGUGACAACAGUGCCUACAUUUGGAAGGUCAAUGACCCCGAGGCAUGCCCAUGGAAGCUCACAGGUCACAGUGGGGAGGUGACAGCUGUGUCGUGGUGUCAGAAGGACUUCACUAAGGUGAUCACAUGUUCUGAUGACAACACCAUGAGAGUCUGGAGACAUGAGCCUAAAACAGAUAAAGAAUGGGAUCCUAAUGAUGUUCUUGGAGAAGUACAGAGGGUUGUCAGGACACCACAGAAGUUAGCAGGUACCUGGAAAGCUGGGCCAUUGGAGACUGGAGUCAGGACUGUUGGAGUCGGGACUGUUGGAGUGGGAAGUCCAAGAAUGGCUGUAACUGUCUCCAACAACAUUCCCACUGUCAGUUGUGCCUCUCCUAAACAUGCAGCAGGUGCAUCCCCUACCCCUGAAGCUGUGGUUGCAGCAGGCUUACCAACACCGGCAAAUGAACAAUCCAAAACAUCUGGAAAUUUAGACUCUGCAAAGGUAUCUAGGCCACAGCUUGCCAUCACUCAAUGGCUGAUGUCUGCCAAAUGUUCAAAACAGACAGAUGAAAAGGAGAACAGAAAAAAACAGAUGGAAGUGGAAGAUGCCAGACUUCCUGAGCAGGUGAUAGAUAAAGAGCAAAGACAGGCUCUAUCUCCCGUGAAAAACACUUUGUCAGGAAGUAAAGGUGGAAAAGACAGCAAGGGAAGUAACAGAGUCAUGGGAUUCAUGUCAAAGGGACAGACAGAAAAAAGUAGUGACAACCCAAACACCUGUCAAAGAAAGCUUCUGACAGAAUUUAGCGCUGAGGAGAAAGAAUGCACAUUCAAAAGCUCAAACCAAGCUACUCCCAAGUCGUCAGAAGAGCAUGAAAUUUUGCAACAGUUUGAUUCACCAACAGCAAACCUUCCAAACUAUGUUGUGGAUGGCAUCUCAACAAGGGUACCUAGCCUGACACGCACAGACUCUGACAAGGAAAAUGGGCAGCGAGGACAAAGACAAAACUGGCUUCUACAGCUCAGCUUGCAAAAGAGAAAAGAGGAUGUGAAGGAAGGAAUGAGAGGGGUCUGUAAGAAGAGGAAAAUCAGUGAGAAAAGUGCAACAAGUAGUCCUCCAAAAGACAAGGUUUCUAUGACAUCUGCUGCCACAUCAUCACCAAGCUCAAUUCGCUCCUUCUUCUCCCCACAGCGCAGUGAUAUGAGCAAGGAAAAACAUUAAUAGCAUUAAAUGUCAUCAUAUACCUAGGACCUGCAAAAUGUCUCACAUGAUUACAAAAGGGAGAAGAACUGAAGGCUUAGCGAUACCACUUGUUCUUUAUUAUUAUGUAUGUCAAUAACAGGAUUUACUAGCUAUGUUGUCAUGAGACAAAUAACAGUCAUGAACGUUGAAGGCACAAGCAAACUCAUGAUCAGAAACUUCUCAUCAUCAAUGUAAGACAUAAUUUGCUUGAAACAUGAUGCAAUAAGUUGAUCGAAACAUGGAAAACAAUGUCUAAGCGUGACCUAUUUGUUAAAACAAGCACUGAUUUUUCUUGUAUGAGCAAACAUUGCUUGGGUGGUGUAGAUUCUGAAUUAUCGUACAUGUAUUAUAUCUGAAUGAUUUAUCAAGGGCAGUAUUGUCAGUAAGUAUCAAGGAAGAUCAAGAGAAAGGACAUUUAAUUUCCUUUAAGGUUAAUAUUUAUUUUUUUUAGCCAUUUUUAGAUUCAUGUGUAAGCAUUUUAGAUUCAAUAGGACUGAGUGGCAUGCAAAUAGAUUGGCAGAAUUACAUUUUUAUUUGAGCCUGAAAAUUGUUGUAGAGAACAUCACAAAUGUGAAGACAAUGAUAUAAUUGAUUACGUUUGUUUAUAAUAUGUACAAUGUAUAGGGCCAUCUUGUAAUGAAGAACAGGUGAAUGCGUUAUAUGCUCAGUUCCCCCACAUAGUGGACAAGGUAAUGAUUUCAGUGGAGACAGGGAGUCUACAACACCUGAAGCACAUGGACUGAACAUAUCAUAAGUCAGCAUACAUGCAGGAUCUGGGUUUCAAACCAGGAUCAGUCCCUGUUUCCUGUGGCUAUCUGCAGUAGUAAGUGUUGUACAUCUAGGCAAGACAGAUAGGAAAGCUCAGGAAAUGGGACAGUG